ACAGUUUCAGCAACUGUCACUUUUUGUUUCAUUCGUUGAUUUUGUGCUAUUCCUAUUUAUAACAAAAUUUUAUCUUAAAUCGUCGAUACUUUCAUGGCCUCUCCGGGUCAAAUAGAACAGGAAAAGGCAGCCCGCCGGGCAGCAAUUCGAAAUGAGUAUUGGAGGACUGCUACCAACCCUCAUCUACAUCUUCGGGGUGAAAGUGUAGGAGCGUUCGAUACCGGACUGGCACGCUUCCAGGCCAUGACGGUCAAUCACUAUGAACAUUUCAAACCAACCGGACGCACCUUCCGAAUCGGCAUGUUCACUGUGGUGAUUCCAAUUGUUGGUUACGCAUGGCUGCUGAAGAAAGAGCGCGAUGAACGGGAACAUCAAUAUCGUACUGGUCAAGUAGCCUACAAAGACCGUAACUUCAAGUUUAUCUAAUUAUUAAUACAAUAAUAGUGAUCAUUGUCAGAAUCAUUGAAGACAGAUUCGGAUAAUAGAUUAUGCAAAUGGCAAUAAAGAUAUAUCAAUUACUUUUA